UUAGAGGCCCAAUAGGUGAAAGCUAGUAGUAUAAAUUUAGCCUUUUCUACCACAGAGGCAAAAAAGGAACAGAGCUUAGGGUUUUUGCGACUGUAUUUGGAGAUUCUUGCAACAUCUGUGAUCUUACAAAAGCUCUAAGGCAAAAUGGGCGUUCCAAAGAUUUCAAACGACAUGGACUUGCUUCACCCUCCUGCUGAGCUUGAGAAGCAAAAACACAAGCUUAAGCGUUUGGUCCCAUCACCUGAUUCUACUUUUCUGGAUGUCAAAUGCCAAGGCUGCUUCCAAAUAACAACAAUUUUCAGCCACUCACAAACUGUGGUUACAUGCCCCAACUGCCAGCAAGUGCUAUGCCAGCCAACGGGUGGGAGGGCAAAGCUUACUGAGGGAUGCUCUUUUAGGGUUAAAGAGAAGGCUAUGAUGGUCGUGGGUUGAUGCUGGUGCUUUCGACCUUAGAUAUAUUUUAAACUAGUUUUUAGAGAAUGAGUUGGUCAAGAGAACUUUUCUUUCGCUCAGUAUUUCGUUUGAUGAUGUUUUGACUAUGAUAAUACUUUGGCUAUCUUAUUAGUCAUGCCACUUUUUGAAGUAA